AAGUCAGUUUCAGUAACGUUUUGGAGUACGACGCGCGAGCAUUAUUGUUUCCAUUGUUGACGAAGGUUUUUAUUUCAAAAAAUAUAAACCUCGCUUUGCCCCGCUCUUUGGUGUUGCUAUUUUUUUUUUUCAAUUUGUCCUUGAGGAGCUUAAAAGAAAAACCCAUAAAAACUAAAAAGAUUAGAGUUAAUUGAUGAGUGAACAAAGGAUAGCGCCGCCACAGCGAGUGAUAAGCGACCUGCUGCUGCUGCGACCCGCACACUGAAAGAAAAAACGGGCGCAGAUCAAAGGGCCGUCGCCGUCGACGAAUGCAUUUGCAUCUCCUGGUGGCAGCCAAGACGCCUCCAUCUGAGCAUACGGAUACGGGCGUUGUGGGGGAUACGGAUUCGGAACUGCCAUUGGGACUAGGAUUGUGUGCUGGAUCUGGAUUGGAAGCGGACCUAGGAGCUGGCACCACUGUGGCGCCCGUCAGUGUCGCCGGUCCCGGCCGCCUGGGUCGCAGCAUCAACGGCAGCGGCGGCAGCCACCACCACCACCACCUGCACCACCACUACGCCCCCUACCACGCCCACCACCCGUACCAUCCCCAUCCCCAUCCCCAUCCACACCCAUAUCACACAUAUCCGCCGGCAGGGCAUCCACAUCCGCAUUCGCAUUCGCACACACAUCCGCCGGCCAUGGUCACCUCGUCGUCUGCCUCGCCAACGGGAAAUGGCUGGAGCAGCAGCACCGGGGACUUUAAGGGCAUCACGGCAGUGGUCACGGCCACCGAUGGUGGUCGCCUGGUGGCCAACCAGGGAGCCACUGCCUCCACGGGCGCCACUGCCGCCGAGGUGCUGGCCGUUUCGAGCAGCGCCAGUGUGGGCAGCAGCUCGCCCACAGGUGGCGCCAGCAAUGGCACUGCACACAGUGGACACAGUGGACACACCGGCGGUCACAGCAGUAGCAACACCAGCAAUAACAACAAUAAUAACAGCAAUAAUGGUGCCAGCAACAGUAACAACAACAAUAACAACAACAAUAACAGCAACAACAGCAAUAAUGCAGUACACCAGGAUCUGCUGUGGAUGGAGCGAUUGGUGAUCAAGCGACAGCAGGAACAUCCCGGAGAAUUGGUGCGCACGAGCAAUCCGUACUUCCUGUGCUCCGCCCUGCCCGCCCAUUGGCGCUCCAACAAGACGCUGCCGAUGGCCUUCAAGGUCGUCGCGCUGGCGGAGGUGGGCGACGGCACCUACGUCACCAUCCGGGCCGGAAACGACGAGAACUGCUGCGCGGAGCUGCGCAACUGUACCGCCCAGAUGAAGAACGACGUGGCCAAGUUCAACGAUCUGCGAUUCGUGGGUCGCAGCGGCAGAGGGAAGAGCUUCACGCUGACCAUCACGGUGGCCACGAGUCCGCCACAGGUGGCAACCUACGCCAAAGCCAUCAAGGUGACCGUCGACGGACCUCGGGAGCCCCGCUCCAAGACAAGUCCGACGGGUGGGCCGCACUACCGGGCUCUGGGCCUCGGCCAGCGGCCCUAUAUCGACGGAUUCCCGACCAAGGCGUUCCAGGAGCUGGAGACGAUCCGGCGCUCUGCCAAAGUGGCGGCGGUAACGACGGCAGCGGCUUCGGUGGCGGCAACCGCGGCAACGGCGGCUAAUGCGGUGGCAGCGGCGGUGGCCGUCACGCCCACGGGCGCCAGCGGGGGCCCUGCUGCGGGGGGCGUGGCCGGCGGAACGGGCACUGGCCUGGUGCAGCAGCUGAGCAGCAAUUACUCAUCGCCGAAUAGUACAAUCAACUCGGACUGCCAGGUCUACAAGCCAAAUGCGCCGCACAUCCAAGGUGCCGACAUGAUGGGCGCCGGCGAGUGGACGGGCUCCUCGAGUUCGGCGGCUGCCUACUACCACCACAGCCACGCCCACCACCCGCACGCCCACCAUCCGCACGCCCAUGCGCACGCCCACCUGCAGCACCAGAUGGCCCUGCCGCCGCCGCCGCCCCCUCCCGCUGCCGCCCCUGUGUCGGUGGGUGGCAAUGGCGGGGCCAUGGGCAUGAACAUGGGCGUGGGCGUGGGCAUGGGCAUGGGCGUGGGCGUGGGCGUCGGCAUGAACCAUUACGGCGGGGGCUACGACUCGGAGGCGGGCCAGUAUGCCGCCCAUUUGCCGGCCGUUCUGCCCGAGAUGCAUGGCCAUGGAUUCGCCACGGAUCCCUACCAGACAGCCGGCUACGGAGGCGUCUCCAAUGCGGUGGCCGGCGGCGGAGGCAGUGCCUCCAAGUCGGAACUGGACUACGGCGGUGGCUACAAUCAGGCGUGGUCGAACGGGUAUCAGAACUAUCAGUACGGCAGCUGCCUGGCCCCCGCCCCGCCCCCCUCAAUGGCGUCGGCGGCCCCGCCCCCGCCGCCGCCGGUGGUGCUGUGUCCGCAGCUCUACUCCACGGUCAACCAGAACCAGAUCCACCUGCAUCUGCACAGCAGCGAGAAGCUGGAGCAGUACCUGGGCACGGCCAGUGGGGCGGACCACCUGACCAUUGGCUCGCUGACGGGCGGCAGUCGCUCCAGCCUCGAGAUUGCCCAGGAUCAGUAUCACCCACUGCAGCAGCAGCAAGUGCACCACACACUGCAGCAGCAGCAGGUGCACCACACACAGCAGCAGGUGGAAGCCACUGGGGAAGUGGGUGGUGGAGGAGGUGGAGGAGGAGGAGGUGGCGGCACUGAGUCCGCCCGCGAGGAGGAUGUGGGCGAUCUCACGCAGGUGUGGCGACCCUAUUGACCCAAUCGGAUCUCCACCCAUCGGCCAGCACCACCCAGCCGCCAACCCAGCCACCCACUUGCCACCAGCACCACCACCACCCACCGCCCACCGAUGCACCUGCACAUCGAACUGAACUAGGAGGGCAGCAGCAGCAGCAUCACCACAAGAACUGUACAAUUCUAUUUUUUUUAUUUUUUUUUCAUAGCUAAUAACGUAUAUAUAUAUAAUUAACUAGCCGCAACAAGACAAACAUAAAAAACUGUACAUAAAACAAGGCAUACAUUUAAGUUACAGACAUAAUAAAUGGGCAGGGGAAUUUGUAGAACUCAAACCUCACACAACACUACUCAUAAAGACUUUAUAUCUUAAAAAAGUUUAUAAUAUUUUAAAUUUGUAUUGUUUUACACAACAAUAACCUUGCACUAAGUAUUUUUUCCAAAGAUAUAUCAUCUUUUUUUUUUCAUUAAAAACUUGCUUAAAAAUAUUAAACUUAAACGUUCCCAUAGUCUAUACAAAGAAAUAAGAUAUUUAUUUUCACAAUAAUUAAACUUUUAAUUAACACUUUUAAUCUAAUUUCAAUUGAAAAAAAUCCUUAAAUAACUAAAUUCUAUGGAUAUUUAAUAGCCUCCCAAAUUCACUCAAUGAGAUCAAGAUGUUUCUAUUAUUUUAUACCUAUUUAGUUAAAAAUAAUGAAGACUCAAGAUAAUACUAUACUAUAAUAAUGUUUUAAAAAUUGAGGUUUGAGUUUGAGAAGUUGAACUGCAAAAUGAUAACAAAACUUUAUAAUACUCGUAAAGAUGUAAGCGCAAAACAGCUGUAAAUAAUAGAGUUUAAAGUUAAGAUGAAACGUAAAAUACUGAAUUCGGAAAUGAUUAAGUCACUGACUCUAAUGUAGAGAGCACCCCAUCCCCUACAAACCGUAGAGAAGCGUUUUUUUUUGUAUAGCCUUAAGCCUAGAACGAUACUCGAUAAAGCCGCACAACUAUAUAUAAAUAUAUAAAUAUAGUACCUAUGUAUACAUUUUUUUUCUGUUACUUUGUGUGUGUGUGAAUCUGCCAAAGGAUUCGAGAAGAAAGUAAAAAUCUGAGCGGUGAAGAGAAGACUAUAAAUAA